AUGUACCUUCUCUUUUUGCUUUCUACAGCUGAAACUCCCACCUAUACCGCGCAUAGACCUGGACCUUUGGCCGGCAAAUUAUUGUUUAAGAGCAAACUACGUAAUGGCAGAAUCUCAUAUGCACCGGAAGAUGUUGAGUUUUCAAGCCCUCACUUUCUGGGACUCCCUGAUGAUAAAAAGCAAAGAUAUCUGGAUAACUACAGCCACAUCGAUGAGAUUAAACUGAAAAUCGUGUCCGGCCGGCCAGGGAAUAGUUUGUUAGUUUUCGUUGGCGACCAAGGAAUAGAGAUGGAGAACAAUGACUUACUCCGAUUGAAAACUCGUGUAAUCAAGGGUCUGGUAUCUUUCCGUGAAGAUGACGUCGAGUUUCAAUAUCCAGGCUGGAAAGUCCCUUUGUUCAUACUUGAAGACUUAAAAAGAAAGGCGUCUACUGGCAGACUCUUCAUUAUAUCUGACGAGAGAGGGAAUUUAAGAUGCAAGGUAAAGAGGGAAGUAGCGGAUAAGUUAGCUGAUAGUGUAGCUAAGUUUUCAGCCAUUUUAAGGAGUUCGAACGCUUUCAAAUAAACCUCUUUAAAAAAUUACAAAUUGCUGGUUUGCACGUGACCUCUCACGGCGGCCAUGUUGGAUGACAAGGACAAAAGCAUUUCUUCCCUAUGGGAACUAAACUCUAUUUUCAUGUAAAUUCUUCAAGAAAAAAUUAUGAUUGCCAACCAAAGCUAACCAACAUGGCCGCCUUGUCACGUGGUUGCAAACCUGGAAUAAAGAAACCUUGGCUUACAGGAAAAAGAAUGUUGUAAGCCAAGCUAAAAAGUUAGAGCUUCAUCAAACUGUCAAGAUUGAAACAUCUGCUAUUGUAUUUACUGUAGUUAAAGACAGAGCCGUUAGUUUUUUGUCAUGUUUUUUAACCCAAUGCAAUUAAGCAAAAACAAGAGCCAUAAUGGCUCUUGGUAAAAACAAGGGCCUCUUUCAUCGCAAAACCUAGUACGUUAUACUGGUCGUUAAUCCUUAAGCGUAUUUUGACAGGGUCGCUAACCAGACUUGGAUCUGUAAAAUGUAACGACGGCACGAGCCACUUGAUUUUUGUUUUGUUUUGUAUUUGUUUGUUUGUUUUGCUUGCUUUUUCUUUUUAUCGAAUUUCUUUUGUUCAUUUUUUUUGAAGAGUUCAUUUAAAAAUAAAUAGUAAUAGUAAAAGCUGAGCGUCAUAUCCAUGGACUCAUGUUGCUUUACAAACGAAUAUUAUAAAUUGAAAUAAUGUUAAGAAAUUUACAUUCAGUGUUCAAAAACACGAAUAUGUAAAAAUAUUAAACUAAAAUCUGUAUAAACUAACUACUAAUAUUUGCAUCAUUAUAGUACUUUAACUGAAAUGCUCGCGAAAUAAGUAAGUCACUCUUAAGUCAGUCUUAAAGUUUGCAAUGCUUGCAAGAUCCGGGAUCGUUGCGUGUCGGUCGUUCUCGUUUGCGGCACCAAAACUAUGAAACUCGUUGCCAGAACGUGCCCGCUAUACAUACAUAUUUUACUAGUUCAGGAGACUAUUACCGUCUCCUGACUAGUUAUAGCUAUCGCUAAGUGCCAACGAGCAAGUUAAAGAUUUUACACUAAAGACACACGUUUGAUGCAAAUGAUGCAAAUGAAUCCACCCGACGAUUGGUUGAAGAGGGGAUGAGCACGGGAGUCACAUUCUUUGUUCUGCAAUUGUAACAGAAUUGAAGAUGAAACCCACUUUUUAUUAGAUUGUCCAAGUUUUUUUUUUUCGAUAAGACAGAUGUUCUUCUCUAAACUAGAACUUAAAAUACCGUUUCAACGACUACAAUCACAUAAGAUGAAUUCUACUGAGUAUUUUAUUAACAUCCAAUUAAUUUCAUUUAUAUCAUCUUGCUUUGUAUUGAGAGAUAAACCUGUCUCCGGAAAAAUUAAUCCUACUGAUGGUUAAAAAUAAGCUAAGUAAUAUAAUGAUUAAUAUAUUUCAAAUUAUUUCAAAUAUUUGAUGUAAAAUUAAAGAAAUCAAUAUUUAAAUUCAAGUAACUAUUGCAAUACUGUAAUACUUUGUUAUAGUCAUGCAAAUAAAGCUUAUUGUUUUUGCUGUACCACGUGUUCGCUCGAAAACAAUGCAUUAGUUAAAAAAGUUACGUUACACUUCCUUAAGCCUGGUUUCCAUACGAUCGCUUUGAUCGCUUUGAUCGCUGAGAAAAAAAAAGUUCAGCCAUCGCAGCGAUUGUAGCGAUCAUAUGGAAACCACUUUCCAGCGAACGUGGCGAUCGCAGCAACAACGAUCGCUGAGAUAGAACUUUUUCUAUACCAGCGAUCGUUGUCGCUGCGAUCUCUACGAUCGCUGGAAAGUGGUUUCCAUGUGAUCGCUAAACUUUUUUUUUCUCCGCCUUUGGCUUGUUUCCUUUUAUUCACACUGCUGAUACUUUACUGCCUCGCAAGAUUUUUGCGAUAACGUAUUUCUAGUAACAAAAGUUAACUGCUAUUCGCGCCUAUUUCUUCGGCGGAGCGCGAAGUAAAGGAUUCACGACGCUCAGGAAUGUCUCAGAGUUGCAGUCGGAUGCCCAGGAGUUGCUUCGGAAUACGUUCGAGAUAUCUUCGAGUUGUUUGAUUUAUUCUUUCAGGGAAAGAAAUAAUUCUCAGGAAGAAAUAAUUAUUAUUUCUGGAAGAAAUAAAGACGAAAUGAUUAUUAUUUCUGGCUUUCCCAGAGUUGGAGCCAGGUCAGGUGUGACCGUCAGUUCAGAUGAGGCGCUUUAAGUUGAGGGAUUAGCUGACCGCGCCACUGCGACCCAAGGAAAUUUGAGAUGCGAAAAUAGCCAUAAGGUAUGCGCGAGGUACGGGAAAAGAUUGGGCACGCAAGUUAGUGACCUUUCGGCUUGUUUUGGGUAUUUGACUUAGUGACAGAAAUGAGCUCAAGAUUCGCGAGAUCACUCCGAGUUCUUUCGGCUACAAUAAAUAUUUGAGGCGGAGCGCAAAGUAUUAAAGGAUUUGAGACGCUCAGGAAUGUCGUUAACUUGGGGUGCCUUCCCAUUUUGCCAAACCAACCAGUUAGAAACCAGUGGAAUUAUCAACAGAAAAUGGAACGACAUUAAACACUUGAAACAAAGUUUCCAACUGAAAUUUUUACUACUGCUUAGCAAAGUAGGGCUGGAAACGAGAAUUUUAGGAAAUGAAACGGCAGUUUCGGUCGGAGCGGACCGACCGGACAAAGACAUAUGACAUAUAAAAGCUCCCAAUUGGAAUGUCCAGAGAUGAGAUUAUGGCAAGAAGAUCGAAAUGCACCAAUCAGAGAUAUAAAAUUUGAAGCGCAUGUGUCCUGAGAGGUCAUCUGAUUUGUUGAUUCUUUGAUUUUAUUUAGUGAUUGGUUUAUUGUGUAGGGUGGAAUGGAUGAGCCAAUUAAUAUUAGGGACGAGUUGGAUGUUUUUGAUCCGAGUGAAUUGCAAAAUUGGGAUAGCGACUGUUGAACUUGUAUAACGUGUUUAUGUUUUCCAUGUAAUAAUUUAUUUUGCGAUGUUGUACAUGAAUUAUCCUCGGUGUGGAGAUUGCGCAUUUUCAGCAAGUUUUAUAAGCGAGUGUACUCUGAUGUUAGUUCCUUUGCUGGAGAAGGUGCUACAUAAGGAAAGUGUUGUUGUAGAGGAAAUAAAGGAAGUGGAACUGAGAUCUCGUCGUGCGCAAUUUUUUUAUGACAGAAAUUAUAAUCGAAUUUGGUUACAGCCACAGGGUCAUGCACCUAGCAGAGUUCCGGUAAAGAAGUUAAGACGCCUGUUACUGAAAACAAGAAAAGUAAGGACAUUUCGUGGAAGGGUAUAUCCGGAAAAAUAUCAUUUCUUACUAUUCCUCCGCAUUCACAAUUAGUAGCCGUGUUACGUAGAUGGUAAUUCGUUUGAUCGACAUUUCUUCUCACAAAGGAGUUCCUUUCACUGUCCACGAGGAACAUUUUCGUAUUGUUCUUCUUGUUCCUGUUCUUGUUUUUCUUCCUCUUCUUCUGCCCCCCUUUCCUCCUCCAUCUUCUGCUUCUUCUUUUUCCGCUGCUACUCCUCUUCUUGUUCUUCUUCUUUUUCUUCUGCUCCUCCUCCUCCAUCUUCUUCUUCUUGAUCUUCUUCUGCUGCUGCUGCUCCUUCUUCUUGUUUUUUUUUUCUGCUCGUCCUCCUCCUUCUUCUUCUAGUUCAAGGUCAAGUUCAAUAUUAUUCAUUAUAUAUAAAACACUAUUACAAUCAAUUUGAAAUGUCACUGAUCUGCAGGUAGCUAAAACUGAUCGAGGCAGGUCACGGUUCCUCCUCCUUCUUUUGUCGACAUGCUUCAGGUGAUGCUUCUAAUAGACAUUAGGCAGUAGCUCGGUCAUCUCUUUUUUUUUAGCAGUAUUUUUGAUUGCUUUUAAAUGUAAAACAAUUAAAGUUACUAUUUUUUCCAUUAACGAAGGCAGGGCCUCCUUUUGUCUUUUUGAUCGAGGAGCAGAACACGCAAGGGCACCCAAAGAUGGUUUCCCCCAAAAUACAUUGAAAACACUUUUCAGGUUAUCCAUAGUACUUUCAGAUGCAUAGAAAUGCAUUCUUACCGAUGUUUUAAACUUUGUAUUUGUUCGGUCAUACUAGGGGAACUUUAGUCUUUUCGAAAUUACAAGGGUUUCAGUAUUAUUUCACCCCGAAAAUUUUAGCUGCAAUUUAACGUUUUACGCAUCAUAUUUUUGAAUCCGAAAAUUUCAGGUUCCUUUUUUCUACGACAAUUAGCCGAAAAGGGGAAGUAAAAUGUGAGAAAUUAAACUUCAGAAAAUCGUAGAGGAUACGCUUCGAAAAUUGUACCUGAAUGGAACGUUCAUCUAGAAAUUUCUAGCCGUCCUUCAGCAAUAGAAAAUUCUAGGUAAUAUUUGCUUCUCGGAGCAGAUAAUUCACAGAAAACAGUCGUUGGGUACCCCUCAACAAGAGACUCUGCCUAUCGCGUCAAACUUUUGAGGUCGCGACGGCCCAACUUUCUGGACUAGUCAGAUUAGUCUUUUUUUCUUCCAGCUGAGAUUGAAUUUGAAAUAAUGUUGUUACCAGAUAAUAAUAGUUAUGGGUUGUAUUCUUGUCCAUCUUUUCUUCUAAAAUGCGCCAGACUGGUUAUUAGUAAUCCGCUGGCAGAAAUAUUGAAUUUUCCCAUUCAUUUGGGAAAACUGAAAUUUGCGAAAGUCCCUGUUUUCAAGGAGGGCGAUGAUACUCAUCAAAAUAAUUAUACACCUAUUUCCCUCCUAUUCCAUUUUAAUAGAAUCUUUGAAAAAUUGAUGUACAAACGACUUGAAUCUUAUUUUAGUAAAUUUGACAUCUUAAACCCUUGCCUGAAUGUGGUUCUCGUCGCUACUCAUAAUGCUACUUUGGAUAUUAUAAGCAGCAUCCAAAAUAACAUAAUCAUGGAUAACAAAUUACUUUCAUGUGGCAUUUUUAUUGAUCUUAAAAAAAGCUUUUGACACUGUAAACAAUAAUAUACUUUUAAACAAGCUGGAACGCUAUGGUCAGUAUAAGAGGUGUUAUCAACAGUCGGUUUUCGUCCUUUAUUUCUAAUAAAGGCUCAGUGCUUGCAUGGUCCACUGCAUUUCGUAAUGGAAGUUUUACCUUUUCACUGACGAUACUAGUAUAGUUUAUGCACAUAGGGACUUUAAAUCGGUCUAAGGGACCGGUCAUUAUUUAUCGCCUGGGGGGUGGGGUUGGGGGGAAAGGAGGAUUUGGGGCUAAACAAUGUAAAAUUUAGCCGAUUCCCCCUUUGAAUGUUACUUCACUGAAGUGAUCCCCCCUAAUAACAUUUGAUGACUUUCGCGGUCCCCCCCCCCAUGUCUUCAUUUUCCAAGCGAAUUUUAGUGGUGCCCCCUUUGAAUCCUUCUAAAGUUUCAAUGAUCCCCCCUUUUGGGUUCUCGGUUACGACUGAUCCCCCCUUUUGUUCUCCUAAAAACCUGGUGAUCCACCCCAAAAUCCUCCGCCCCCGGGCAAUAAAUAAUGACCGUUCCCUAAAUAAUUAGCGAGGACUGUUAAUGCAGAAUUAUUUAAACGUUCAGAAUGGCUUACUACAAAUAGGCUAACCUUAAGGCGGCCCGAACCUACUUAUAUGCGUGUUGGUUAUGCGUUUGAUUUGCGUUUUUCAGAAUGAACGAUUCAACCGCUCUCUAUGAUAUUUGGCAUCCAUAAUAAAUAGUAAUGGAACUUUAGGAAAAUGUUAUUUAUUUUCUUGUGGGUAUAAAAACCUUUGAGAUAUCGGCAUAUAUUUAAAACCGCAUUUUUACGAAAAAUGUAAAAAAAUUCGAAAUCCCACGACAGAUUUUUCCAUAACCUCAGCACUAAAGUCCCUAACUUCCCUUCACGAAAAGAACUCAGGAGAAACUGUUCGCCGAUUUCGCACAAUAAUACAAAGCAUUUUUUGUGCCCAAUCAGGAACCGGCAUCAGCUUGAAUUUUUGGAAAUAGUUCGAUGACAGUCGGUACCCAGGGGCUCUUUCGCCCGUAUUUGAAAGCUUUCGUCCCACCUUUUCUCCCGACCCGACUGACUGCCCCUGGGUCUCCGAGGAUGGAACAUUUACAGCUUGAAAUAUCAUCUAAGUGUGAUAUACAGGCAGAAAACAGUUGUACGUCGUGUAAAUAUGGGAUCUAAUGCUGACAGUCUCGAAAUUUCCAGAAGAGACUUGGGCACAAAGAAAAUCAAACCAAAUAAAGAAAUAUGCCCAGAAGGCUUCGGAGUCAUGUUAAAAUCUUAAAAUAUCGAGAAUGGAGAGUGACCAUUUCCCGGAAACUCCCAAACAAAAACAUUACAAAAAUUGACUACAGACAAGCGUGGAGAACAGCGUUAAGUUUGGUGCGACAAGAUGUCAUAUCCGCAGAAAAGGUUUUUCCUUUUUAAUUGUGACAAUACUUACAAUUUAGAAAUAGUAGAGAGUUUUUUGCUUGAAGUAGAGGAGAAAUAUGGCUUCAAAUUCUCAGUUGAUCGUCUUUAUUUUCGUCUGCAACGAAUGGCUGAGGUGUGCGACUGGAUUAUACCUACACUGGAUAUGGACGUCGCUGUCUUUGUUGUCCACGCGAACGAAUCUCGUCUCUCUAUCAACGAAGACAACGCUGGGAUUGGUUACGCGAGAAUCUAUCGAGCUUUGCUUAAAAAAACAGGUGGGCUUCAGCUAUCUCUUAAUGGCUCGCUUUCCAUUGCAUGAUUUGGUUUAAGGCAGUUUUAGAUACGCACACUGGUGAUUGGUGAUACACUUAGCUUGGCUUCCACUGACUCGGUACAUAAGUUUUAAAAACGCACGCACCUGGUUGGUAAUUUUACUAAUACAUAUCCAGUUUAAAACGUAAGACACAGCAAUAUAAAACUUGUUCGACGGAUGCUUUGAUAGUUCACGCACUUAAUGAGAUGUUGAUACAACUGCAGAAGAAACCGUUCUCAACCGUAAGUCCCGUGACCCCUUCUUUUUAUUCCAAUAAUCUAUACCGUGAAGGCUUAAUUAGUUAAUAAAACGCUUUCAAAGUCCUUUUUAUAAUAUAAGAUAUGAUCAGGAUGGAAAAUAGUUAAUCGAUUAGGAAGGUAAAGACGAAAACACUCCUGAAGCACUUUCGAUUUUAAAGGCAUCAAUUCAUAUGACACGCAGCUUCUAAACUUAAGAAGAAAAGUAUCCUUGAGAGCUCCAUACAAUUCCUCGUAAUUUUAUUAUAAGGAAUUGUAUGGAGCCUUCCAGGAGACUUUUCUUCAUUAGUUUAGGCGCGGCGGAUUUUGUCGCGUAUGAUCAACGCGAGGUGUUUUCCCUACCCUCUUCUGUCAGGCAAAAGGAAUCAACAACAAGUUCAUUCAGUAUUACCAUUUUGUACAGGUGUUACCACAGGCGCCCCAAGCUCGGUGCAUAAAUUACCGCGAGUUUCGAUACUGUUUUGCAUAUUACGAACGAUUUGAAGAAUUUGUAUGAGAAAUUCAUUAUAGCUGUAGAAAUACAGACAUGAAUAUAGAAAUAAAUUGUACAAAACUUGGGCCUGUUGUUGCCUUUUCGGUGUAACCUGGGCUCAAUUCAUGGCUGUUUUACGGCACAUUGUUUAUUCGGUGUUGUUUUCCUAUUUAAAUCACAGGCAGCCCAGACGUAGUAUGUGUCACUGAAUGAAUAUAUUAAUAUUCACAUGGACAAAUUAAUGCGAUGAGUCGUCGAAACUCCAAUGAACUAAAAUAGUCCAAAAGUCAAAAUAUAACAAAACAAAGCUAAGAUACCUUUAACUGAACGUAUCCUUGUCUUUCCUGGCCGGUUAAAGUGGCAUUUUGUUGAGUUUUGAAAUUGUAGGUACUAUCCACUAAAGAAGAAUUAAAGGCUGGCUACAAAUGAAACAGAUCAUCUCCACGCUCCUUCACACGAAGCGCUAUAAAUUCGAGAAUAAUCGACGAAUCCGCUCCAAAUAACCAUCUGCUAAUCUGCAGGUAACGUGUGCUCCUGCUUCUGGCUCGCUUGCUCCACAAAACCCAUCGCAACUGCACACUAAUUGCUCGCUCAUCAACAACCACUGUUGACCUUUACGCUUCGAUAUGACCGCAAACGACCAGGUUUAAUACGCGACGUGAAUAUUCAAGCUUAGCGACCGCGUUCGCGCAACAAUGCAGCACUUACUAUGGGAGGGAUGGUACUAUUACUUCCAGGUCAAUCAAUCGGGAAAAUAAUAUUGAAGCCCUUGUAAUUUUUAAAAAGAUCCAAUUUGCCCAAGGAGCACGCCGAACAGAUACGAAUCUUAUAGAGGAGCUAAAAAAAAUGGGCGGAAGUGGAAAAAGUGAACAAGAACGUACCACAUUUUCUCCAUAAAAAGUGAAAACCAGGAAGUUUUCUGGACGUUUCACGUUGCAGUCAUGCAAAUCAACGGCGAGGAAAUGUACAAGAAAGUGUGCUGCAAUUAGACCCAUUGUUGUUUUUUCACAGUUCUGGUCAAGGGCAUCCAACUUUUAAUUUUUCACAUUUCACUCACCGGUUAGGCUAUUUUUCGUAGAGAGUAAAAUGGAAUCCUAGAAUUUUCAGAUUCAAAAAUCUGAUGAAAGAAGGUAUCUGAAAAAUUAUCUCCUUCGUAAUACGUUAAAUUGCAUCUAAAAUUUUCGGGAAAAUAAUUCUGAAUUCCUCGUAAUUUCGGAAAGACUCAAGUUCCUCUAGAAUGACCGAACACUGAGAUGCAAAUUUUAUAGCGCCACUUGGAAUGCAUUUCUAUAGAGCUAAAAGUACUUUAUGAAUAGCUACAAAAGUGUUUUCAAUUGAAAGUAUUUGAGGAAACAGUCGUUGGGUGGCCCUGUCUCGUUGCCUUCUCCGCUUAGCAUUACACGAUAUAUUUAUAUUUAGCAUGAGCAAACUAUAAAUCAUGAGCUUCGCUUUUAGCCCUCCUGACUAAAUUUAUGUAAGCGCUGUUUAGAAUGCAUUUUUCGAUCAAAAGAACUCUGGACAGCCUUAAAUGUGUUUUCAAUGCAUUUAGGGGGAAAUCAUCGUUGGGUGCCCCUGAGUUUUGAGAAUAAUAAUAAUAAUAAUAAAAGAUAUCGCGCACAUAAAUUUUACUUUACGAUAUCUUCAGCUGUGUCUUCUAUUCAGCUGCAUAGAGGGGGCCAGAUUUUGCCUUUUUCCUGGGCGGAAAAUUCUAGUCCUCCGUCUCCAGUUUGGACAACAUAUUAUGGAGUAAGACGUUGUUAAUCUAAGCAAAUAAGUCUGGUAGAGUCAAGAACCUAUGCAAGCGGCUGGACGAACAAUGUGACAGCAGGUGAGAGAGCGAACGUUAGAAGAAUUCGAACUUGAAAACCAGGGCUGCCCUGUUGGUAAACUUACGGACGGUCAAGCGAUCGCCUUUUGUUUUCAGGUCAAAACUAACGCAGCGAACCUUCGGUCAGUCGAUUGACCUCUAGAAGCAAUAGUACCAUCCCUCCCAUAGCAAGUGCUGCAUUGUUGCGCGAACGCGGUCGCUAAGCUUGAAUAUUCACGUCGCGUAUUAAACCUCAUAUCGAAGCGUAAAGGUCAACAGUGGUUGUUGAUGAGCGAGCAAUUAGUGCGAUUUAGCAAUUAGUGCAGUUGCGAUGGGUUUUGUGGAGCAAGCGAGCCAGAAGCAGGAGCACACGUUACCUGCAGAUUAGCAGAUGGUUAUUUGGAGCGGAUUCGUCGAUUAUUCUCGAAUUUAUAGCGCUUCGUGUGAAGGCGCGUGGAGAUGAUCUGUUUGUUUUGUAGCCAGCCUUUAAUUCUUCUUUAGUGGAUAGUACCUACAAUUUCAAAACUCAACAAAAUGCCACUUUAACCGGCCAGGAAAGACAAGGAUACGUUCAGUUAAAGGUAUCUUAGCUUUGUUUUGUUAUAUUUUGACUUUUGGACUAUUUUAGUUCAUUGGAGUUUCGACGACUCAUCGCAUUAAUUUGUCCAUGUGAAUAUUAAUAUAUUCAUUCAUUGACACAUACUACGUCUGGGCUGCCUGUGUCUCGACUCACAAAUCUCUCCCACACCGAUGAACGGCGCACUGAUUCGCCAUUGAAGUGUCAGUUCUUUAAGGCCGCUUAAGUCUAUCAUCUAUUCGCCUCUUCAAGGGUAUCGUGAUGCGUUAUUUGAAGGAAUAAUUUUGGAAAGCUUUCGGUUCUGGGCAAUCUGGCGUUCGCUCAGGAAACUCGAUGAUUACGUGUUGCGUGGUGAUCGUGAACAUGGACUCAGGGGAUUCGGGUAAUCAAUAUUGCAUGACAAAACAUGGAUCUUCCUACCCUCAGAUAGUCUACUGAUUGCGCGUGAGCGGUGUUUGGAAUUAUCCAAUUAGAUGAGCGUAUAUAAAAUUUUCGCCUUCCUUUUUUUUAGAUGAUAACGUGCUAAUCGUGAUAGGCGGAGACAGUUACUACAGAGAUGAAAACGAAGAGGUACGGUUUGUCAUCUCGCGCUGGGCGAGAAAGAAGGUGGCUUCUCAGUUCAGUGAAGAGUAUCUGGAUGGAUGGCAAAGCUUUAUCUUCUCUUGGCAUAAAAAACACCUUGAUCCUUGA